GAUGCUCAUUCACGGUAUAAAGUGCGCGGCGAACGGUGGCCACACCACAGUGAGUUGUUCCACGGGAGUUGUUCCAUUCAGUACCUCACCAAAACCGGAAGCGCAUCCAGUGUGUGAAGUGAUAGCAAUCGGGGGAGGCACAGACACAGAAUGUGUUGUUGAUUGGUUCCCCGUGCGAUAGUAGUGCAAACAGAGUCGAUCUGAACUGAGAUUUUUGAUCGAAACUGGCAGUAAAUCGCUAUCAAAGCGCGAAAUUCCCCGAUACAUCUUCGGGCCGGCGUGGUGAGCAGCAGAAGCAGUGGUGCCCGGUGGUUGCUGAAUCCAAACAUUUGGACGUGGUUUGGUUUUAUGUCGCUGUAAACGAGCGGCAACCCCAGAACGAGCGCAGCAAAACCGGUCAAACAUCAUAAUCAGCUCAUCUCGCCACCCAGCAGCAGCAGCAGCAACACCAUCAAUCGCAAUCAUCGUCAGCGGUGCCGAACCCUUCCCUCCAGCGUCUGACCCUUCCCUCCACCACCUCCUUCCCGGGGACGCCGCCACCAGUACGCCGACAUCACGGAUUCUACGUAGGCUACCCACACCCCAAAAACCGUUUCAAGUUGGAAGGAAAAAUCUUCUCGGCGGUGAACAACUUUCUCACUGCAUCGACCUUCGUCAAAGACAUCAGACAACUGAUCAUGACCCGUCAGACAAACAACGACCCUUCAACGGCACCGGAAGCGGGAUCGAACGCGACGGGCGCUAACGAGCAGCAGCAAUAUUCGCACCGGCCCGAAUCCACCAGCGGCCACAGCGGUGGCCGGUCGAGCUCACGGUCCCCGAUCGAUCCGUACCGGCAGGACAGCCUCAACCAGCCGCCCAGCGACAGUUCCAGCCUGGACGGGAACGUGUUCGUCGAUGGGGCGAACGUGCCACUGCACAGCAGCAAACAGCGCCGGUCGCAAACCACCGAUUCGCUCACAUCCGGCAACAACAUCAGCUACAGCCUAAACAAACGCUUCAUCUCCAAGAACCAAAUGAAGGAGUUCCGGGAGGCGUUCCGGCUGUUCGACAAGGAUAACGAUGGGUCGAUCACGAAGGAGGAGCUCGGCACCGUGAUGCGUUCGCUCGGUCAGUUCGCACGGGUGGAGGAGCUGCAGGAGAUGCUGCUCGAGAUCGACGUGGACGGCGAUGGGAAUGUCAGCUUCGAGGAGUUUGUCGACAUUAUGUCCAACAUGACGGACACGGUGGCGGAAACUUCGGCCGACCAGGAGGAGCGUGAAUUGCGCGAUGCGUUCCGGGUGUUUGACAAGCACAACCGGGGCUACAUUACGGCGUCCGAUCUGCGGGCCGUGCUGCAAUGUCUGGGGGAAGAUUUGGACGAGGAGGAAAUCGAGGACAUGAUCAAAGAGGUGGACGUGGACGGUGAUGGACGGAUCGACUUCUACGAGUUUGUGCACGCACUGGGCGAGCCGGAAGAUUCGCAGGAGAACGACGAGGACGAUGAAAUCGUUUCGCAACGCUCCCCAUCGUUUGAUGUGCAAGUUUAAGCCGCGCCUGGUACCGGACACACGCCACAAAGAAAAGUCUACUUCUCUUCCGAUCGAGAAGCGAGAGCGCAAGUUGCAACGGACGUUAAGAAAGAGGGAAGUAUUGAAUAUAAUCGUAUUUUUGCUUCAUCAUAACUUGAACCUAGGUGUGACGGAAAACCAACAAAAAAAAAAAAGAAAAAACUCGCUCGAAAGAUACCAUUUUCAAUGUUCUGCAAGUGCACGACGAACGAUAACGAACGAUACACAGACAGACAUCCCGCACUGCUAGCAUAAAACUUACGAAAUGCCAAAUUUUUAAUGCUCUUUUUCAAUCGUAUUUACUACCGUUUAAAAAAAACCCCAACAUAAAAGAAGAAAAGCAACAAGUAUUAAGGAAAUCCACAACAUUCAAGACAAAAAAAGCAAUUACUAAAUACUACAUAUUUGAUAGACUAAUUAUCGGAAGAGUAUAUAUAUAUAUAUAUGGAGUCGGAAAAAGCCAACGGAAAGAUGAUGAGAAAUGCGACACGUUUUCCAACAUCUUUCACUCGUAAACUUCUUUUCGGGAUAUGUAACAAGCAUGUCUACAUGUUUCAAACAAUCUAGUUUCGAAUUGAGCAUUGUUUUAAGCAUGUGAGCAAGUCCUAAAAACAAUGAAAGCAGCUAUCUCAUGCGAUUGGACACUCCCUGGGCACAUGGUACAACCAGAUGUACUAACGGAACACAUAUCAACCGCAAGGAUGAUGAUGCUGAUCAAACGGUGUGUCGCGCCGAGCCGGUAGCUCUAUUUAAAUGGAAUUAUUUCGAUCAUCUUUACGUAUCGUUCUCGUUCCGAUGGUUGAGCUGUACAUUUCUCUUAUUUAGUCCCAUCCCAGCGAUCGUGCUUGAUCGUGCCGGGGGAUCGGGAAGGUAAACGUAACGGAAACUAUUAGCUGAUAGGUAUGGAAAAAUAAGAAAAGAAAUAACGCGUACGUCUCACGAUACGACACUAUUUUACAUGCAUUCGUUGCGUUGUUGCAUUGCGUAUACGUUGUACUUAAGCUUACAAAACUCUACCCCAUUUCCUGCUGGAAGCAGUUGCUGCACAUUUCCCAUUAUCUGUUUCGCUGUGAUGCUCUUACACUUGUUGAAAGCAUAUUUUGCGCAUUGUGGCGUGAAGUCGAGAGUAAAAAGAAAAUACACAAAAUAUUCACAAACCAAAAGUAUAUACCUUCUCCACUACUAUUAUCGAUAAAGAUUGCAAAUCACACAUAAGCCCGUGACCAAACUGUUUGCCAGCAAGCAUCACAACACCGUUCUCGUUGCCGCAUUAUUUGCCCAUGUACAAUCUUAAGCGUAACUCUGAACAUCAAAUAAAGGCUAAGGGAUUUUA